AUGUUUUUAAAAAUUUUAAAUUUUUCUAUCGUUUCUUUAGGUCGAGACACUUUUCAUCUAUGCCCUUGGUCUGGAAGUUCGGGAAAGUCCAAGAUAGCCGAGGUCAUCUGCUCAUUCCACUGGAAAGAAUCCCUCGACUACCAGGGAAUCGAUUCCCGCCACCAGUGUGAGAAGCAACUCAAAUGUCUCAAAGAUGAGUUCGGAUUUGACCUCUACUCUGCUUUGGAGUAUGAGUUCGUACUCAUGGAGGGAAAACACGUCAGCAGUCAGAAGGGGAAGGGGGAGAAUGAAGGGGCUGAAAGGAAGAAACUGCAGCCGGUGUUCAGGGGGACUGAUAUUUGCUCCACAUUUGAGCACAAGAAGGUGGAGGAGUUCCACAUCGAAGUGCACAGGAGACUGCUAUCAGCCGGGAUAAUUGGCAGGACUUACCAGGUGGAGUUGGGGGAUGCUCAGAAUGAGAUCACUCUCCCCCCUGCAUUUGGAGUGAGGGCGGGUGAUGAGGCUUUUAUGCUGAAGAGUUGUGUGAAGGAGACUGCGUGGGACGUGGACAAGCAUGCCUCGUUCAUGUCGAAGCCCUUCGCGGAUGGGGAGAGUGAGUCACUGGUCACUAACAGUGGCCACUUCAACCACUCUCUCUGGGACGAACAUCACAACAACGUCUUCUAUGAUCCACAAAACGAACACGGAUUCUCAAAGUACCAGAGCAUUUUUAUGGUGGCCCACUGGUGGGCAGGUGGAAUCAUGAGACAUGCGAGGGCCCUGUGUGCCCUGGUGUGUCCCACUGCCAACUGCUACAGGAGGAUAGUACCCGGCAGCUGGGCUCCCAGGAAGUCUGGAUGGGCUCUGGACAGACGAGACGCAUUCAUAAGAUGCAAGAAUGAAAGUAAAAGUGGAACCUACUUCGAAUGCAGGACUCCAAGUGGAGCUGCCAAUCCAUACCUGGUCAUGGCUGGAAUUGUGGCUGCGGGUCUGGAUGGUCUGAGAAACAAGGUGGAGCCCCCUCCGAUGGGAGUGUCGAACGAGGCCAACUCGAUACUACUUCCAAAGACACUCUUAGAAGCGGUCGAAGAGUUCGAGCGAGACACUGAACUUAAUUCGAUGUUCGGGGAAGAGUUCACGCGCUGGUUUUGUGAGGGCAAACGACAGACGGACUGCAAAGUGAACACUUUCGAACAGGAACGACAAAAAUACUGGAAACUCAUUUAAACAAUUUGAUGCAAAAAAACCUGAAAAUCUCGGAUAAUUUUCGUUAACGAAAAAAAUUACCACUAAACUGUAACCAACAAUUUGUUAUUUUAAUUGUGAAACUUAAUCAUUGCAUGCUUCAAACGUAAAAAGAUGUAAGUAGCAGUUAAUGUGAUUGUGAUCGUCUGUUCCAACUUCGUGCAAUUUUCCUAAC